AUGUUCCAACAACACGUCUAUGAAGAGCAGGCAGCGCAGCAGCGGAAGCAUCAAGAGGCCGUAAAGGCUUUACGCCAUCUCCCAGCUAAAGAAGAGAGUCAAGGGAAACCCAGACCAGAAGAGAGCCAAGCGGAACCUAGACCAGAAGAGAGCCAAGGGGAACCCAAGCCAGAAGAGAACCAAUGGGAACCCAGACCAGAAGAGAGCCAAGCGGAACCUAGACCAGAAGAGAGCCAAGGGGAACCCAAGCCCGAAGAGACCCAAGGGGAACCCAGACCAGAAGAGAUCCAAGGGGAAUCCAGACCAGACGAGAACCAAGGGGAACCCAUGCCAGAAGAGAGUCAAGGGGAAUCCAGACCAGAAGAGACCCAAGGGGAACCCAGACCAGAAGAGACCCAAGGGGAACCCAGACCAGAAGAGAGCCAAGAGGAACCCAGGCCAGAAGAGAGCCAAGUGGAACCCAGACCAGAAGAGAGCCAAGGGGAACCCAGCCCAGAAGAGAGCCAAGGAGAACCCCAAACCAGAAGAGACCCAAGGGGAAACCCAUGCCAGAAGAGAGCCAAGGGGAACCCAGACAAAAAGAGGGCCAAGAUGAGCUCGGACCAGAGGAAAACCCAGAGGAACUCAUGCUCUUAG